UUGGCAACUUAUUCUUGUGCUGCAUUUUCACUUACACUUUGGAGCACAUUUUUUAUGUGGCUCGUACUAUAGUUAUUUGAUAUUGCAAGAUCCAUUUUCAUGCUUCUUCAUGAAUGAUAUACAUAGUAUACCUAAAUUGGGAGUGAUUUUAGGACUAUCAACAUGGCCUUGCCUGAUAAGCAUUAUGAUGUACCAUCAAACAAGGAAAUUGAGGACUUUUUUAAACAAUGGAAUGAAUCCAAUGAAGAAAAUAAGAACAAGAUUUUCAGUGACUUCAUGUUGAAGAAUGUCAAUCUUAGCAAAGUAGAUGAUGCUAUGAUGAUUACUGGAAUAGUGGCACCUCCAGCAGCUAUGAUGGCUAAGAGAACAGGACAAUCUGUGCCUCAGCUAAGUGUUAUGAAAGCCAUUCCUGAUGUUAUCUUUGUACCAACAGCUACAAUUUUGGCUCUCAUUGCUGUUAAGGUCACCAAAAGAAUGUCAUUCAAGAAUUUGCAUCCUACUUAGUUUUCCCUCUUAAUGUAUGAGAAACAAUAUAAUCUCCAAUUGUUGUGAUUAAUUGUGCAAUAUUAAGUUUAAUGUUUCAUGCCAUUCUUGUCAUUUCCAAU